AACAAGAGAGGAAGACUUUGCUGUGUUUGAAGUACAUCCUCUGUAUAUAAGCCAGCCUAAACAAACAAAAGUUAUAGGUUUUACAAUUUCUUUUUUGUUACUUAAAAUGGCGCUUUAAGGUAAUAUUGUUCAAAAUGAUACGACAGUUUAUUGUUCUGCUUUGCUGCUUGGUAUGGAAUGUUAAAGCAAAAGAGGUAAAAGCUGGGCAUAGAUGGAGGCAUAUAUCUGGCAGAUUGAAAGUAAUCUCUGCUGGGCAAGCCGGAGUUUGGGGUGUCGAUACACGCAACUUUGUUUGGCUUAAAGAAGGUACAUAUUUGGAUGGACCAAUUCCAGUUAAUGCAACAUUUGGAAAGCAUUGGUUUAGAAUAUCUGGAUAUUUGAAGGAGAUUUGUUCAGGAUACAAUGUAGUCUGGGGAGUAAAUCCGCGUGGUGCAAUAUUUAUUAGAACAGGCAUAUCAAAAAAGAACCCACAGGGAAAGAAAUGGAAAGUUAUUCCAGGUGGUCUUAAACAAGUGAGCGUCAGUCCAAGAACAAAUAAUGUAUGGGGUGUAAAUGUAAAUGAUCAUAUAUACUACAGACAUGGUGCCAGCAUUUCGAGACCAGCAGGUAAUUAUUGGGUGCACAUACCAGGCGGUUUAAAGUAUAUAUCUGUAGGAGAUUCUGGUGUUUGGGGUGUGAACAAGCAUGAUCAUAUAUACUAUCGAGUUGGUACAAGAGGAGGCCAUGGCAGCGGUAAACAUUGGCAUCGAAUAUCUGGUGGACUGAAACAAAUAUACAGUGGCCAUAAUAUUGUCUGGGGAGUAAAUGCUCACGACCACAUAUAUAUUAGAGAAGGUAUCUCUGAUCUUCAUCCUUCUGGAACACACUGGCGUCGUAUUGGUGGUCUUUUAAAAUAUGUAACAGUUAAUAGCUACGACGGAGGUGUUUGGGGAGCUAAUUCGCAUAAUCAUUUAUGGUACAGAUUGGGUGCCCGUUUAGUGAAUGUUGGAUUUUCGCCAUGGACGCCAUUAUCAAAAUGCAGCGAUGAAUGUGGCGGUUUGCAGCACAGAUACAGGUACUGUUUGCGACAUGCACCUGGAUACCAGCCAUCUUCGUGUAUAGGAAGUUUAGCUGAUGAUAUUAAUUGUGGUUCACAUUGUUAUCCUAAAUGGCCUCGAGAUUUUGCCUGGCAUUCUGCUGGACCACUUCUUGGAAGACAUUGUAUUCAAAUCCUAGAAGCAGCUGAUCCGCACACUUGGCGAGACAAUUACUUUUGUUGGUACAGAAAGAAAAAAUCACCGAACAUUAAAUGGUCCUCAGCUGGUCCCAUUAGAGGAAUGCGCUGCACCCAGAUUCUUGAAACAGCUGAUCCACACACAUGGCGAGAUAAUUACUUAUGCGUGCCGCCGACUUCCCCUUAUAAUUUCAGAUGGUCCUCCGCAGGACCAAUAAAAGGACUAGAAUGUAUACAAUGGCUAGAAGCUGCCGAUCCUCAUACAUGGAGAGAUAACUAUUUAUGCAACAGGAGAAUGUGAAUAUUCGUGAGAUAGAUCAAUCUCUAUACUCAUUUUGAACCUCUGUUUUUCGUACUUAUACAAAACAGAAUCAGAUAUAAAUAUAGCUCCUUGUAUUCUUCCUAUGUGAAGGAUGAUAGGGUACAUAUGUAAAAUGUUUGCAUUCCUAAUUGUAAGCGACAUAUUAUGUAUUUAUUUUUCUUCAGUCAA